AUGGUUUCAUCCACAGACUUAGUUCUCACACAAAAUAUAUUCAUACUUAUACUCGUUUUGGAUGAGGUGAUAUCGACCCAGCCAUCGACCCAACUAUCGACCCAACCACCGACCCAACAUCGACCCAAACCACUGACCCCAACCACCGACCCCAACCACGACCCCAACCACCGACCCAGCCACCGACCCCAACUACCGACCCCACAACCCGACCCAGCCACCGACCCAGCCACCGACCCAACUACCGACCCAACCAUCGACCCCAAAACGGACCCAGCCACCGCACCAGCCACCGACCCCAACCACGGACCCCAACCACCGACCCCAACACCGACCCCAACCACCGACCCCAACCACCGACCCAGCCACCGACCCAGCCACCGACCCAACUACCGACCAACCAUCGACCCCAACCACCGACCCCAACCACCGACCCAACCACAGACCCCAACCACCGACCCCAACCACCGACCCCAACCACCGACCCCAACCACCGACCCAACCACAGACCCAGCCACCGACCCCAACCACCGACCCCAACCACCGACCCCAACCACCGACCCAGCCACCGACCCAGCCACCGACCCAACCACCGACCCAACCACCGACCCAGCCACCGACCCAGCCACCGACCCAACUACCGACCCAACCACCGAUCCAACCACCGACCCAGCCACCGACCCAACCACCGACCCAACUACCGACCCAACCACCGACCCAACCACCGACCCAACCACCGACCCAACCACCGACCCAGCUACCGACUCAACCACCGACCCAACCACCGACCCAGCCACCGACCCAACCACCAUCCUCCCGAAUACACGACGAAACCACAACGUUGCUACAACGUUCAAACAAGUUCUGGCACUUAAAAAAUGUCAUACCCUAAGAGAUCCUAGAGGCUCCUUGAUGUCACCACCCUUACACAAAUUGUUAGCGCAAGAGUGGAUUGAGAGAGGCUACUACAUGGUCAAAAGGAUUGCAACCUUAGCGUUGAUGGAGUAUGGAGUGGCGAUUUCAGCACCAUCUAUGGGUCUACACUGCAACUUCGAUAAGUCUCUGGUAUUGGGUGCUACGCAGACAUUACAAUCUGUUGGUGGUGACGUGGCAUCUGUGAAAGGCUCCGGUUUCCAUCCUCAGUUAGAAGAGGAGGUCGAUGAGGAUGAUUACCUCUGGUGGGUGGCGUAUCGAAAUCAAUGCCAUCUAGGUUGUGGCUAG